CGUUUCGCAGUACUAUAAGCUGAAGUGUGAACCCAGACCGACACUGGUGAACCUUUUGAGUACUUGACCAUGGAGGAUCUGCUUAGGUACUUUUCGCCAUCUCACGAAAAGCCCAAAUCUUUUUGCUUUUGAUUUCAUGGAACACUCAGUACUGUAGGUUGAAUGCUUGAUUCAGUCAAUGAUUAUGUGAGAUAGGGUUUAAAGAUUCUUAUUCUGUACGUGAGAUUGUGAGGUAUUCAUUGGAGCUUUGCUACUGGGUGACAUGGGUGUUUUUGCCCUAACUCUGAGGCUCUUUCAUGCUGAGGUCAGAAAGUUACUUUUGAUCAUUGGGUUGGCAGUUUCUUUCAUAAUCCUUUUUCAGUGUUUUUCAUUUUCUUAUGGGAAAAUAUUUGUUCCAUCACCUACUAGUAAGAUUUCAGUAGUUAAGCUGGUAAGCAAUGCCACCACUUUAAAUGAUUCGAACAUGGCUGAACUGUUUGUUAAUGUGGUGGCAAAUGAUACUAAUGGCUCUGAUCCUGAGGAAGAAGCUAGGUACAAGCACAACACGUUGGAAGCAAAUACAGGUUCUGAUUCGUCAUCAGAAGUUAACAGAUAUCUUGAUGGUUCUUUUAGUAAAUUCAAGGAUCAAAAUUCUCAUGAGAGGAAAUCGAAGCCGAGGAUAACUCAGGGUAAGAGUUUGAUGUCUGGUUACAUUACUAGUACAGAUGAUGGUUCUACUAAGGUGAUGGUGGAAAUAGCAAAAAACAGUGAGAAGAUGAUCAAUGGUCCUAAACCCACCACUGAUUAUGGUGGUGUUGUGCCAUUUAUAUCGGCUAUAGUUGCUGCUAAAGGCCUGCAAAGCUCAAACCUUAGUUCAGGGACUUCUAGCUCAUUAUUGGGUGCCAACUUACCUUCACAGCGCAAUGCCGAAACUUCUAUUGGAACACAACAUACGAAUUUUAAACCAUUGCAAAUUGAAUCAGCCAUAUCUGUAUCCCAGAUGAAUUCAUUAUUGCUUCAGAGUAUUGAUUCUUCUCGCUCUCUGAGGCCAAGACGAUCUUCAGCACGUGACCGUGAACUUUUAUCUGCAAGGCAAGAGAUUGGAAAUGCUCGUGUUUCAAGGAAGGUUCCAGUGCUUCAUGCAUCUGUUUAUCAGAAUAUUUCUAAGUUUGAGAGGAGUUAUGAGAUGAUGGAACAAAUACUCAAAGUUUACAUAUACAAAGAAGGAGUUAAGCCCAUAUUUCAUCUGCCAAAGAUGAGAGGAAUUUAUGCCUCAGAAGGAUGGUUUAUGAAACUCAUGGAAGGAAACAAAAAGUUCGUUGUGAAAGACCCGAGAAGAGCCCAUUUGUUUUACUUACCCUUCAGUUCAAAUAUGCUAAGGAGUGCACUAAAUGGACAAGAUUUUCAACACGUCAAAGACCUACAGAAAUACCUUAAGGAUUAUGUUGAGUUGAUUGCUGGAAAAUAUAGCUUUUGGAACAGAACCGGAGGAGCUGAUCAUUUUCUAGUUGCCUGUCAUGAUUGGGCUAUCAAUUUGACAAAGAACAUCAGAAGUUGUAUUAGAGCUCUUUGCAAUUCCAAUGCUGCCAAAGGCUUCGAAAUAGGAAAGGAUACCACUUUACCAGUUACAUAUAUACGUUCCAUGGAGGCUCCUUUGGAAAAUCUUGGAGGAAAGCCUCCUUCAGAGAGGAACAUUCUGGCCUUCUUUGCAGGGGGGAUGCACGGUUAUCUUCGACCGAUCUUACUACAGUAUUGGCAGAAUAAAGAAUCUGAUAUGAAAAUCUUUGGACCAAUGCCUCGUGAUGUUGAAGGUAAAAGAAAGUACAGGGAGCAUAUGAAGAGUAGUAAGUAUUGCAUAUGUGCCAAGGGUUAUGAAGUUCAUACACCAAGAGUGGUUGAGUCGAUUUACUAUGAAUGCGUGCCGGUUAUCAUAUCAGAUAACUACGUGCCACCAUUCUUUGAGGUGUUGAAUUGGGAAGCUUUUGCGAUUUUAGUUCAAGAGAAAGAUAUCCCUAGUUUGAGAAACAUAUUGCUCUCCAUCCCUGAGGAGAAAUAUUUGGAGAUGCACGCGAGAGUGAAGCUAGUACAGCGGCAUUUUCUUUGGCACAAAAGGCCCGUGAAAUACGACUUAUUUCAUAUGAUCCUUCACUCAGUAUGGUACAACAGGGUUUUUCACAUAAAAACCAGAUAAAAGGUCUUCAUUCUUAAGGUUGAGUGAAACAACUUGAGAAGCAAGCCAAUGCAGUAAGUGCUGUCAUUUCUCAGUCUGUGAGCUUUUGAUCUUUUAACCAUCUGGUUUGGGCUUCAACUAUUGGUGUUGUAAUAAGUAGGAUGAUGGAAUGUGUUGUAUCUUGUAUUCCAACUGAUAAUUCUUUACCGUGGGUGUAUAAAAUAACAAUUUAACGUAAAUCCAUGACUUACGAUUUUGAUUUCA